AGCAAAGGCCAGACAAAGGAAGGAAUCCAUGGAAUUGCAAUUGCAACGGAGGAGAAGAGAACAGUCAACUCUCGAAAACACAACCGAACCAAACCCAAGCAAGGCCAAAGCACGAAGCGGGUGACACUUUUGUUGACCCCUUCGACCGCAUGUCUCCGUCUCCUUCUCCUUCCUAAACCCCUCCAUUUCCCUUUUCCUGCAUUCUCUUCCCUUUCCCAUUUCCCGCUGUGGGUUUCUUCCAUGUUUCUUUCACUAUUGACUGUUCAUUAACAGGGAGUGAGGAAAGGUUCUUCGAGCCUCAAUUUAAUUGUAGUAAUUUAGGCCGGGAGAGAGCUCCAAACCCCUGCCUGACUGUGGAACUUUACCUACGGGAGAAGAAGAAGGGGGGACGGCCAGGAGUGGGACCCCCCUUUGGUUCGAUCGUGGUCCUUGUCGGCCGGAAACCCUGCACGUUCUCGUGGACGUGUUUAUCUUUUUCUUGGAUUGAUGGGAACGAGUCACGAGAUGAUUAACUUAAUGUUGUGGAUGAUCUCUUUGGCGCUGCUUUCUGGUCUUGUAAGAAUACAGACAGUGGUGGGAGAUGAGGGCUUUAGGCAUUGUGAAAGUAAGGUCAAGAAAUGGGCAUCUGCUUCCAUCAAUUCUGAUGUUAAAGAACAUGAGCACGCAUUGCGUGACCUGCUCUUUUUCCUUCACGUUCCUCGAACUGGAGGAAGAACAUAUUACUACUGCUUCUUGAAAAAGCUGUACCCGGGUUCUCAGGAAUGUCCGCGAUCUUAUGAUAAGUUAAGAGUUAAUCCGAGAAAACCAAAGUGCCGACUGCUAAGCACCCAUGAUGACUAUAGUAUGAUGUCCAAACUUCCCAAGGAGAGAACUUCAGUGGUGACAAUACUUAGAAACCCUGUCGACCGUGUUUUUAGCACUUACGAAUUUUCUGUGGAGGUGGCUGCUAGAUUUUUGAUUCAUCCUAACUUAACAUCAGUUGCAAGAAUGUCUCGUCGCGCACGUAAAAAGACAAACGGAAUAAGCACGCUGGAUAUUUGGCCAUGGAAGUACUUGGUUCCAUGGAUGAGGGAAGAUCUAUUUGCUCGAAGGGAUGCUAGAAGACUUAGAGGCCAAGUGCGUUUAGAGACGAAUGACCCUUAUGAUAUGGAAGAUGUCUUAAUGCCUCUACAUGACUACAUUAAUGAUCCAAUUGCUCGCGACAUUAUUCACAACGGGGCUACCUUCCAGAUUACCGGUCUGACUAACAAUUCGUAUUUCUCGGAAGCACAUGAAGUGCGCCGUUGUAUACUCGAGUAUCGUACCCUUGGUGAACAUGUGCUUGAAGUUGCUAAGAAAAGGUUGGAUGAAAUGCUUUAUGUCGGACUCACCGAGAACCACAGGGAAUCAGCCAAUAUGUUCGAAAACAUUGUUGCUUCACAGGUGAUAUCUCAGCACACAUCCGAUGUUGCAAGCAAGAAUAAUUCAGAAGAGAGCAUGAUGCUUGAUACAGAUGGUCAAGGUAACAACACUUAUCCCAUGUUAAAGAAUGUUUCUUCGACUGAGAAGGAUGAAGAAGCUGCACGUGGAAAUUUGACUGUUGGGAAACUGAUGGAAGCAUACGAAUCUUGUAUCUCAACCUUGAGAUCUGCACAAGCUGAGCGUCGUGUUAAUUCUCUGAAGCGAAUUGCGCCAGCAAACUUUACAAAAGAUGCUCGUCGCCAGGUUCCCGAAGUGCUUAUUCAGGAAAUAAUGUCGCUCAACUCCCUCGACGUAGAACUCUAUAAGUAUGCUCAGCACAUCUUCAAAAGGCAACAGGAACAUGUGAUGCCUACCAUGGUUUAUGAUGACUAUCCAGGAAGCGCCUUCGAUUCAAGCGCCUAUUCUGCAUUUAACUACAGCUCUCUCUCUUGGAAAGUUUUGUGCUCAUCAGUUGCCGGUCUCUUUUUGCUUCUCGGAAUUCUUUACAUUGUAAAUGCAAGAGUCAGAAGAUCUUUGAAAGUCAAGCUAUAGAUGCACGGAAGCAGCCGCUCUAAUUCUUACCGUUACUCUGCUCGCCUCGCCUCGCCUCACCUGCUCGAAUGCUGACCAAUUUUUAGACAAUGGAUUGCACCUCUACUAUAUCCCAGAGGUUCAAAAUCACUGGUUACGUGAAAAAUUGCAGGUAUAGUUACUUGAUAGGGUUGAAUUUCCGGAAACGAGUGCCGGCACGACGGAGUCUCUUUGAGAAACAUUUUGAUGGAAAGUAUAUGCCAAAACUAAGGAUUAUUUCUUUUUGUGUGUGUGUAUGAGAUAGAUAUGAUCAAUGGAUGGAUGUAUGUGUUUAGGUUUGAGAAAUUAUUAUAUUUUCAUUCUAUUUUUUGAUUAUGGUAAGUCAAAAUAUUUGUAUCUUAGUUUUUUAUUUUUACUUUUGUAUUAGUCGAUCUGUAAAUUGUAAGUAGGUUUGAUUAUCAAUUUCGAUACAAAAGAUUUUUACCUUAACAAUAGCAAUGUAUACAUAGUAACAAAGAA